AUGAUGCGGAGAAAAUCAAUGAGGGUUCGCAAGAGGGCUAAAAAACAGAUCAACAAAGAUCGAAUUUCCCGUUUGCCCGAUGAUUUGAUUGAUCACAUUUACUCAUUUUUAGACUCAAAAUCUUCUGUUCAAAGUAGCCUUUUGUCACGUAGGUGGAGAAAUACAUGGAAAUGCCAUCCACGUCUCAAAUUCAAGACCGAUCUCUCCACCGGUCAUAAAUUCGAUAAGUUUGUGCAUAAAUUUCUAUCUAAGCGAAAGAAAGAUGCAGAAAUUCCAAUCGUUGACAUCCAUUCAAACUCUAUCCCCAUCCGCCUUCUCAAAAAGAUCAUAGCAUAUUCAAUGUCACACGGCACUAAAAUGCUCAACAUUCUGUACAUGAGUGAUAUACCAACAAGACGUGGCGGAUUCGAUUUGUCUUUACUUAAAUCUCAUUUUCUUCAAGAUCUUUAUUUGGAUAUCGAUUUUGAGUUGUUAAAAUCUCCAAAUCUGACAUGGUAUUUGCCUACUUUAACUACUUUACAUCUGCAAAGGGUUACAUUUACACUGGAUCCUCCAAACGACGAUGGAUCCUUGGAAUUGUUUUCCGCCUUUUCAAAUCUGAAAUAUCUUGUGUUGCUUGAUUGCCGAUUAUGGAAUGUUCGUACAUUCUAUAUCACAUCAAGUGGAUUAGAGAAUCUCACAAUAAUCUGUCUUGUGCAUUCUUGUCAAUUUGUGAUCUCAGCACCAAAUCUUUCAUCUUUCAUAUAUGAUCACAUGACUCCGUCUUUGUUAUUAGCCAAUGAUCUUGAUUCAUUAGAAACGGUAAGCUUUCGAACCAUUUAUGAUAGGCCUACUGUAAACCCACCAAAUUAUGUUGAAACGAUGAUCAACACUUUUCAUCAACUUCACAAG